AGUGGACAGGGCAGGAAGAGACGUCACAGGAAGUAAAAAACGUAUACAAGAAAGAUGGCGUCGGUCGGCGAGGCAACGGUAAAGGAUACACACGUGGGGAAAAAGAAAAAGCCUCCUGCUCGAUACUGGGAGGAACCGCAGGAAGAGGAGAAAGAUGAAAACAAAGUGGGAAAAGACGAAGAGACGACUGAAGCUGCUGAGGAGCAGGAGACACAGAAAGCAAAGAGAAGAAAGCAAGAACAGGAGCAAACAGAUGGAAAUAAAGUCAUAUCAGGGAAAUCAGACCCUUUCCCUGGGCCUGCCCCUAUUCCUGAAGACAGGGUGCAGAAGUUCAAGAGGAAAGAAAAAACUAAAAAGCCUCGGCGCCACCAUUCCAAGCUGAAAGAUGUGAUAGCUCGCUCAGAAGAAGCCUCCGAAAUGGCCCAGAAACAAGCUGCUCGGUUUGACCUUCUACUCCCAGAGGAUGCAGGGUUUCUAGAAGGAGAUGAAGACGAGGACACGUGUACCAUCUCUCAGGAGGAUAUUGCUGAUGCUGUGGAUAUAACAUCUGGGGCAAAGUAUUUUAAUCUGAAACUGUCUCAGUUUGGACCAUAUCGAGUAGAUUACAGCAGGACUGGACGUCACCUGCUGCUUGGUGGCAGAAGAGGCCAUGUCGCUUGUAUAGACUGGCAGUCCAAACAGCUGAUGUGUGAGAUAAAUGUGAUGGAGUCUGUCAAUGAUGUAAAGUGGCUCCACAGUGAGACCAUGUACGCAGUGGCUCAGAAGAAGUGGCUAUACAUCUAUGACUCCAAUGGAAUAGAGCUUCACUGCAUCCGCAAAUUCAAUGACGUCCUUCGUAUGCAGUUCCUCCCCUACCACUUUUUGCUAGCCACAGCGAGUUCCACAAGUUUCCUGCAAUACCUCGAUGUGUCUGUGGGAAAGGAGGUGGCAGCUAUCUGCACCAAGACUGGCCGUCUUGAUGUGAUGUGCCAGAACCCUCAUAAUGCCAUCAUCCACCUCGGCCACCCUAACGGCACAGUCACCCUCUGGUCGCCCAACCAGAAAGAAGCCCUUGUCAAGAUGCUCUGUCACCAGGGCGGCGUGCGCUCUGUCACUGUGGACAAGACCGGCACAUACAUGGUGACAUCAGGCAUGGAUAAAAAGCUGAAAGUAUAUGACAUCAGAGCCUUCAAGCCCCUCAAGUCCUACUUCCUCCCAGCUGGAGCUUCUUGUUUGUCACUGAGCCAAAAGGGGCUGCUGUCUGCAGCCACGGGAGAUAUUGUUCAGGUGUACAGGGACGUGUGGAGCUCUCCAGUGACUAAACCCUACAUGGCUCAUAGAGUUCGGGGAUCAGUGUGGGGUCUGCACUUCUGUCCCUUUGAGGAUGUCCUCGGGGUUGGGCACGGAGACGGUUUCACUAGCAUGCUUGUACCAGGUGCUGGUGAGCCUAACUUCGAUGGUCUGGAUGCAAAUCCAUACCGCAGUGCAAAACAGAGGCAGGAAUGGGAGGUUAAAGCCCUGCUGGACAAGAUCCAGCCAGAUCUCAUUAGCCUGGAUCCGACUGAGCUGGGGCAGGUUGACCAUGCCACCUUUCAGCAAAGGCACCAAGACAGGGUCCAAGCUCUGGGCUAUGACCCGCUGGCCAAAGAAAAAUUUGUUCCCAAGUUUAAGAAAAAAGGUCGGAGUUCUACUGGCAAUGUUGAAAGGCGCAAGAAGCAAGUGGCACAUGAAGACCAGAGGGAUGUAAUACGAAAAACCGUGCAGGACAAAGUGAAGAUGGAAAAAGAAAGAAGCGAGAGGGAGAAGAAGGCGGCGGCGUUAUCUAGCCAGAGAUCAGCUCUGGACAGAUUCAAAAAGUAGAAAAAGAGGACCCAUUGUGCAGCCAAAAACCCCGUGGCAUUCUGUGGGAGUGACCUUUGAACUUCAUAUAAAGGACACAUUACUGCUCUGUGCGAGCAAAACAAGUCCUGCAGAAAUUCUGGAUGUAGUCAGCUCAUUUGUUCAUCUGUAAUCAAUGUUGAGUGCAGUGGUAGGGCAAUUCUAUUUAAUGCCUGUAGCCUGAAGCACUUCCUGUCUACAUGGGUGGAUGAACUUAUGUGAGGUCCCAUCUUUGGCAUGGAUGUCACCGAGAAUUUGUGUUAAAUUGUAUUUUUUUUUCGACCUUGUCAAAUGGAGUGCUUUGGUGGCAUCUGUCAAAUGUUUUAUAUAAAUAUGUUCUAAAAAAUAAACAAAAUAAUACCAAA